CCUCAAAAAAGUUGACCUGGUACUAUGUACAAUGCGGGCAACGUCUCUGGCACAACUUCUCACAAUCAGCGUCCUUGGCCUUCUCAAAGCAGGACAUGCUUCUCUCCCGGUCGGCACGGUCUCGUCGACUGCGGGAAAGCUACAUUGAAAUCUCUAGAUACGUGCGUGGCCAUGUUCAACCACAGCACUUGCAGUCAGGACGGGUUCCCAGUCAAUCCUGUCUCCGCAUCCGACAUUCGAGCACCACUGCUGGGCAGCGUACUGGGGAGAAGUCUCCUCAGGGUCAGAGAACGACAGGGCAGACUACCGAUACAUCGCAGGAUACUGGUCUGACGCAGGGGCAACUUGAAUGCCUGAGACACUUUGAGCGCAGUUCUCUCUCUGCCACUGAUGCCACCACAUGGGAUAACCUGUCGAAGAUCGAACCCAGCCGGUCCUCGAACGAUGCGCAACAGGCGAGCCGUAUCAAGAUACGAGGCUACAUCACUUCACAAAGGGCUGCUGGGAAGUUCGAGUUCCUGCAGCUGGUGGAUCCCCGACUCGAGCUCGCAAUCCAGGUUAUUUCUUCAAAACAGAAGCCUGAGUCUCGAGAACAACCCGACAAUACGAAAGACGUCAGAGGUCACACUCCUGUUGAGAUAAUCGGCUCCAUCGUGCCUCGGGCUGCACCUCCGAAGAAGAACACCCAAGCACAAAGUAAGGGUGCUGCAACUCAGAAGGAACCGGAGCAGCAGGAACAGAACAACACAAUUGCAAAGCUCGAUCCUUUCGUCGGGCAGAUCAAUCUGAUCACACAUCUCGAACUACAAGCCGACUCUAUCAAGCCUCUCAACACCUUUCCCGUUGACCUUGUUGCUAAGUGUGACACUGUUUUCCCCCCAGAGCUGCGCAAUCUUCAGUUCAGGACCGACCAUGACCUUCGCCGACGAAUACGUCUACGGAGCAAAGUUGCUACAAAGAUAAGAGACGGUAUGCUGAGCAAGGGGUUUGAUGAGAUUGAAACACCUCUUUUAUUCAAAUCCACGCCAGAAGGAGCACGAGAAUUCAUUGUCCCAACUAGGAAGAAAGGAUUAGGAUACGCGCUUCCACAAAGUCCUCAGCAAUACAAACAGCUUCUUAUGGCUUCCGGAGUGCCUCGUUAUUUCCAGUUCGCCAAAUGCUUUCGCGAUGAAGACUUGCGGGCAGAUAGGCAGCCUGAGUUCACUCAGCUUGAUCUCGAAAUGUCGUUUGCUGGAGCCGAGCAGGUCAUGGCGGUGGUUGAAGAGAUUGUACGCGAGUUCGUCUGGUCAAACGUACCAAACAUCCAACCCCUGACUGGAGCCGACACGUAUGUACCGAGUGCGACAGGCGCAAAGAACGCAGAGUCAAAGACCCUGAAUUUUCCGCGCCUAUCAUACGAUACAGUCAUGGCCCGAUAUGGCUCGGAUAAGCCAGACACUCGCCUGGGCUCUCAGAUCCAACGCAUUGAUGACUGGCUGCCAGACAGUACAAAGCGAAUGUUGACCUCAUUGGAGGACCCUAUCGUUGAGCUCUUCAAGGUCGACAUGCAGGGGACUGACCCCAGCGCCAGCACCGAAUUUGUAAGGACGUUCCUCGACGCUCCAACCUCGGGGAUAUAUACAAACAACCCCCAUGGCAUGCCGGGCGUUUCGAUUUACGAUCCUCGCAGACCUCUACGAGGUCUCGCUACUUUCGGUCAUGAGGCAGCAUUCAAGGUCGAAGAGGACUUUGAGCCCGAGCCCGGAGAUAUCAUAAUCAUGCAGACUCGGCCCAACGCACCGUUCACAGGCGGAUCUACCAUUCUGGGCAAUCUACGUCGGGAUCUAUUGCAAAGUGCCGUAUCUCAAGGCUUAAUGCCUGCACCGUCCGGCUUUUCAGCACUCUGGGUCAUUGAUUUUCCCCUCUUCUCGCCUACAGAAGAAUCUGAGCCAGGUCAAGGUGGAUCGGCAGGAAUUUGUUCGACGCAUCAUCCCUUCACGGCUCCAAAGCAAGGGCAGGAUCUGUCAAUGCUGAUCAACAAGCCGCUCGGUGUUAUCGGCGACCACUACGACCUAGUAAUCAACGGAGUUGAAGUGGGUGGUGGCUCUCGCCGUAUCCAUCAUGCUGAGAUGCAAGAGCUGAUUCUCAGAGACGUCCUGCGAUUGUCACACGAACGUGUCGAGGACUUUCGACAUUUGCUCAACGCUCUCAAAAGUGGGUGUCCACCGCAUGCAGGGUUCGCUCUCGGAUUCGAUCGUUUGAUGGCGAUGUUGACCGACCGUGCAAGCGUACGGGAUGUCAUUGCCUUUCCAAAAUAUGCCGAUGGCGAGGAUAAGCUGGUCAAAUCACCAUCGAAACUGACGGCCGAGCAGCUGGCGACAUACCACCUCACGGUUACAGACGAGGUGGUUGCUGAACUUCCUCCUCCAGUGUCAUUGAAGGCAUAGUCAAAGAUUCCCCAUGAGCAUGUGUAAGAAUGUAGAACAAUCUAUCAAUCUCAAUCUCAUGCAACGCACAGUCUGUCGUCCACGUUCCGCUGAAGUAGCCCCGAGGCUGAACCCCCUGAAGCCAUCACGUGCAACAUUCCUGCCAAGACGAAUCGACCCCUUUUUCUGGUCAGUGAUGCG